AUGUCUAAUUCAAUCGUCGUGCCUAUCCCAUCUUCAGAGUCACCGCGCAAGAAGACUCGCAAAGAUUACUACUCGCGAGAUGUGGACUUCAACGAGCUCGCCAAGCACGACGACGACUUCGCAGCAAUAUCAAAAGCCGCCAAACGAGAUGGCUGGAUAGACUUUCACGACCCAAAGGUCGUUCAACAGCUCACGAAGAGUCUACUCAAGUACGAUUUUGGCCUCUCCUUGACCCUCCCGGAUGACCGACUUUGCCCGCCGAUUCCAGUUCGAUGGAACUACGUCCGCUGGCUGCAAGACCUACUCGACACAACUUCAGCCUCCUUCUCCGACAUUCACGAUCCUGAACGCGAAGUUCUAGGUCUGGAUAUUGGAGUCGGUGCAUCAUGCAUCUACGGACUCUUGGCAUGCGCGAGUCGAUCAAACUGGCGAAUGGCAGGCACAGAUAUCGAUGCUCACUCUUUGGAUCAUGCGAAACGAAAUUUCGAAGCAAACGAUUUGCAAGAUCGAAUUCGUCUCAAGAAGAUGAAGGCGGAGGAGGAUCUCAUUCCGAUCGAUUCCAUGGGCGUGGAAGAAAUGGACUUCGUCAUGACCAACCCGCCAUUUUAUUCCUCAGAAAAGGAUUUCUUGGCUUCGUAUAAUGAUUCUGGUCGCAAGGCUACAGAUGAUAAGCCGCCUUCGGCAGUCUGCGUAGGAGCGCAGAAUGAGAUGAUCUGUGAAGCUGGAGAUGUUGGGUUCGUUACUCGCAUUCUGGAGCAGUCACUGGUACUACGGGAACGCGUGCAGUGGUACACCGCCAUGCUCUCGCAUAUGCACUCUGUACAACAGAUCGUGGCGAAGCUGAAGGAGAAGGGUAUCACGAACUUUGCGACCACCUCGUUACAUCCUGGCAACAAAACGAAAAGAUAUGCUCUGGCUUGGAGCUUCAGAGAUCGUCGACCUAGGAACGAUGUUGCCAGACACGGAGAGUUGAUCAUGGAUGUAUUGCCAGCAAGUACGGCGAAGACAAUUCACCUCCCUCUUCACAGCACGCGGUCUUUGGGCAAGAAGCUGGACGAGGCCUUGAGCGCAUUGGACGGUAUUCAAUGGGAGUGGCGACCAUUGCUGGACGCUGGCAUCGUGCAGUGCAAGGCGAAUGUGUGGAGUCGAGCAGCAAGGAGGCAGAAGAUGUUCGCUGAUCGAGCAAAACCGGCAGCCGAGAGUGCCAAAGAUAAAGAGAGCAGUAGUGAUGAAGAGGACGAGGUAGCCUUGGCGGUUAAGAUCACCUGCAAGAACGAGGAAGCAGAGGUACGAUGGCUGAGAGGGAACGACCAUGUCCUCUAUGAGAGCUUUUGUGGUAUGCUGUCGCGUGCUCUGAAGAAGUAG